AUGCUUCCCAGCCAGCCACAAGCACAGCAGCAGCAAGAGGGGCAGAGGCGCUUCCCGCAGGCGGCCAGGCUGGAAGCCCUCCGUGAGCGGGUGCUGACCCUGGACGCGGCCUCGCUGCCGCGACCCAACCUCUCGCUGUCGGCCAUCACCACGCCCACCAACUCCGAAGAAGAGCUGUCUGAGCGCAGCGAACGCGCGCAGAGCAAGGCGGACACAGCCACCAGCGUGGACUAUGCGGAGUGUGAUGGAGCGUAUGCCGGCGAGGGAUCUGACAGCUUUUACCAAGACACGGACGACACGGGUGGGUAUGUGUCGUCGGCCUACGAGGACGUCGAGGGAGCGCCACCACCUCCGCAGACAGACGCGAAGCCGCCGCCGCCGCCAGUGCCUCAGCAGGGCCAAGAGGACGACAACAACUACCUCGUCACCUUCACCGCGGACUCUACCCACGUCAGCAAAGUCGACACCAGAUCCGAUGACAUCUAUAUGUACCACGACGUGGAGCACGACGGCGACGAGACAAGCCAAUUCCACAUCGACGACGACGGCGGAAGCGGCCGUGACAGUGGUGAAAACGGCAGGGAGAAGAAAGCGCAGGAAACGAACGACGUGAUGCAGAAGAAUGAGAAUGCGAGUUCGAUCAUCAGCGACGAGGACGUUGCGCGUGCGCUGGUGUACAGCGUAAACACCGACCCUGGGUCCACUACCACCCACACCAUCACCACCACCAGCAGGGAGGGCGAGAAUGAAGACGAAGACGAAGACGAAGACGGGGCUCCUGGAUCGCCGGCGUCGGCAUACUGGGCGGAGUCGACGCGCGGCUGGACCGAGCGGUUUCGAGAGGCCACCGAGACGCUGCGCAUGAUGAGCUCCAACGCGCCCUUCGCGCAGCGCGUUGCGGCCACCAACAGACUGACCCAACUCUCUCGGUACAUCAUCCAUUCGCACUGGUAUCCGACAGUCGCGCUGCUGAUGUGGCAAGCCACACGCCAUCACACCACCCUCAGAGAUUUCCUGCUGUCGGCGCGCACGUACGGGAAGAUCAUCAUCUCGGAGGCGUUCAUGCCCGCACACCUCAAGACCAUCCAACCCGUCGCCAUCGGCGGCAUUGCGGGCGGAACCAAAUAUCUGGUGCGGGACAUCUUGUUCAAGUUCAGCAUGGACUCGCGAGGCCUGUACCAGAGCGAUGACGCGGCUGCCAAGCUCGCCGGGCACGAGCUGAAGGGGGUGAUGGCCUACUACAACUGCCACAUCCCCAGCCUGCACACGCCCAUGACUGCAGUGAUCGAUUUUCGAGGGUUUCGACUGUUGGCUGUUUCGCUGCUGCCCAUCAGCCCCGGCACCCUCUGCUACGGUUCGCCCAACGCCGGCCACACAGUAGUCAACACCAACCCCGUCCUUGAUGCCAAGAUGAGGGAAGCGGCACAGAAGCUGAACAUCAAGGAGCACAUGGUGUAUCCGCACCCCCUAUCCGGCAUUCCGCCCCAGCGACUCGCCACCGCCGCCGACGUCGAGGGCCACCACAUCAAUGGCCAAUUCUACCUGGUGGACCUGUCGCGAGUCUUCCCGCCCGAGGCCCCCGAUGCGAGCAGCGCGCGAAUGGGCCACCUCUAUCGCCUCCUCCGGCCAGAGCUGGUGAAGCGUUUCCCGACCCCGCUUUGCAGCGACGCGUUCAGUGGCUUCGUGUCGGCCUCCAAGCAGGACCUCGCAGAACACAACAAAGAGGUGCGAGCGGCGACGGAUUACUUGCACCUGGAGGUGAUCCCCAAGUUCGCCCGCAAGCUCACAGCCCGGGUGGCCUACGAAUGGACCACCUUCGCCCGUAAAUCGUACACCUUCCCGCAACGCGAGACCAAAACGGAGCACAACGCGGAUCAGGAAAAGGAGAAGCCCAGUCGCACCGUGUUCUUGGCCAUGUUCCCGCUCAAGCAACUCCUCCACGCAAAGGGAAUCAAUUUGAGGAAUUUGGGUCGCGUGCGGCACAUGGUGGGCCAGCUCGUGCCGCCCAACACCCCGGGCCUCACCGACACCCGUCAGCUGCUCUUCCUCGAGAUGUGCGCCCGCACGAUACGGAAGAUCGUGUUCGCGAAGCUGAGGCAGCGGAUGAAGAAGCUGCGCGUGCCGCUCGAGGAGCCCUAUCGCGAGGUCUACCUGUACUACCUCAACAAGCUCUUCGUGCCCCUGGCCGACCGAGACAUUCGAUAUUUUAAUGGGCCGCUCAAGAGCGCGAUUAUGAAGAAGUUCGGACCCGACGCGCUCGACGCCCACGAGAAGCGCGACGACUUCAACCUGCUGGGCCUCCUCGUGCCUCAGCGCACCGCGAGAGAGAGGCUCGAAGGCCUCGGCGAGAAGAAGGGAAACACGAAGGCCAAGCACGCGAAGCGCUCCGGCAGCACCGGAGAAAAGAAGACACAGAAAUCGGCGGCGAUGGCGGCGGUGCCGUCGGGCGACGAGGCGCACCUGGCGGACGGGCGGCCGCUGCUUCUGCUUCGGCUGCUUGCUCUCCUGCAAGUCAAGCUCACCAAAGACACCGUUGAGAAGGUGAGCGAGAAGGAAUUCGCCUUGACGCGGUUCGACAGCAUUGAUCUGGCCGCCAUUCACGAGCGGGUCAAGCACUUGGGCAUCAUUGGCCACUCACGCGGCUACAUCUAUAAGAUGAAGGCACUGCAGCGGAGAGACAACAAGAGAUGCAAAAAGCUCCUUCACAAAGCGCUCAAAUGUUUUGAAGAGGUGCUCGAAUCCAACCCGGCCAACAAAAUCACUCUACGCAAUGCGGGACAGAUCUGCAUGCACCUGGACAUGAUUGACCAAGACGGCCACAGUGCAACGGCCUGGGGAUCGGUGCCCAAGAGUAAGCCACAUUCGGCUGACUUGGAGCGCCCGUUGAUGCGGCGAGCGCGGGACUACUUUGCGCAGUCGGUGCGGGCCGACCCGCAGGACACCUACUCCCUCUACCAGUACGCCUGUUUCCUCAAGCGCUGCGGCGACCAAGCCAAGGCGGUCGACUACCUCCUACGGGCAGUAGAAGCCGAUCCCACGCAUAUGGCGGCAAUGAGUGAGGUCUACCGAUACCUCAAGGACAACGGCUACUACCGUGAUGCCGAGGUGGUGCUGGAACUGAGUGAGACUGUUGACAAAGUGGUGAUGGCAGCCCAAAGUACAGCCAAGUAA